AAAAAUUGAAACAUUUGAUCAUUUAUCAAAUUUUCCUGCGAAGUGAGGUAGAAUUGUAUUUCGAAAAGCAGGACGAUACAUAAUACGAUAAUGUCUCUUGUGAGCCAUAUUUUUCGACGAGCUAUUUCACAAUCUGCCGCUCGUCAUGCAGUUGCAGGUCCUUCAGCGGUUUCAGGCCAUGAGGGCGGAGGAGGAUACAAACUGUGGAAGAAACUUUCAUUCUUCGUUGCAUUGCCCGGAGUUGGUCUGUGCAUGUUGAACGCAUAUUUGAAGCAUCAAGAGGAACAUGGCCAUUCGCGUCCAGAAUUCUUACCAUACGAACAUAUGCGUAUUAGAACCAAACGUUUUCCGUGGGGAGAUGGAACCAGGAGUUUGUUUCACAACCCUCAUACCAAUCCCCUUCCAACUGGUUAUGAAGAUUAAACCAUAUAUUCUAACGCGCUUCAAGUGCAGACAUGUGCAUAGAAUGUGAACUAGGAAUAGAUUCACUACAGCCAAGAGCUGACAGCGUCAAAUAUAAUGCAGUGAACGAUAAACUUGA